CCCGCUCCGGCCUCCGCCCGCCGCCUCCGCGGGGCAGGCCCCGGCUUUCCGCCCUUCCCCUCCCUCCCCUCCUCCGGCCCGCCCCGCUUCCCCCCCCCUUCCCCUUCCCCUCCUCCUCCUCCUCCUCCUCCUCCCGCCGGCGCCGGAGCCGCCACGCCGCCGCCAUGGAGCUCAUCACCAUCCUAGAGAAGACGGUCUCGCCGGACUGCUCGGAGCUCGAGGCGGCGCAGAAGUUCCUGGAGCAGGCGGCCAUCGAGAACCUGCCCACCUUCCUGGUGGAACUGUCCAAAGUGCUGGCCAACCCCGGCAACAGCCAGGUGGCGCGCGUGGCCGCGGGGCUGCAGAUCAAGAACUCGCUGACCUCCAAGGACCCCGACAUCAAGGCCCAGUACCAGCAGAGAUGGCUCGCCAUCGACGCCAACGCCCGCAGGGAGGUCAAGAACUUCGUGCUGCAGACGCUGGGCACAGAGACGUACCGGCCCAGCUCGGCGUCGCAGUGCGUGGCCGGCAUCGCCUGCGCCGAGAUCCCCAUGAACCAGUGGCCCGAGCUGAUCCCGCAGCUGGUGGCCAACGUCACCAACCAGCACAGCACCGAGCACAUGAAGGAGUCCACGCUCGAGGCCAUCGGCUACAUCUGCCAGGACAUCGAUCCAGAGCAGCUCCAGGACAAAUCCAAUGAAAUCCUGACUGCCAUAAUCCAGGGAAUGAGAAAGGAGGAGCCCAGCAACAAUGUGAAGCUUGCAGCUACCAACGCACUCCUGAACUCUUUGGAAUUCACCAAAGCAAACUUUGACAAAGAGUCUGAAAGGCACUUUAUUAUGCAAGUAGUCUGUGAAGCCACACAGUGUCCAGACACAAGGGUACGAGUGGCUGCCUUACAGAACCUGGUGAAGAUAAUGUCCCUUUAUUAUCAAUAUAUGGAGACCUACAUGGGGCCUGCCCUCUUUGCUAUCACGAUUGAGGCGAUGAAAAGCGACAUAGACGAGGUGGCUCUGCAGGGCAUCGAGUUCUGGUCCAACGUGUGCGACGAGGAGAUGGACCUGGCCAUCGAGGCCUCCGAGGCAGCAGAACAAGGACGGCCCCCAGAGCACACCAGCAAGUUCUAUGCCAAGGGGGCACUGCAGUAUUUGGUCCCUAUCCUAACCCAGACCUUAACAAAACAGGAUGAGAACGACGACGACGACGACUGGAACCCCUGCAAGGCCGCAGGGGUGUGCCUGAUGCUGCUGGCCACGUGCUGCGAGGACGACAUCGUCCCGCACGUGCUGCCCUUCAUCAAGGAGCACAUCAAGAACCCCGACUGGAGGUACCGCGACGCGGCCGUCAUGGCCUUCGGCUGCAUCCUGGAGGGGCCCGAGCCCAACCAGCUCAAGCCUUUGGUCAUACAGGCCAUGCCAACGUUGAUAGAGCUGAUGAAGGAUCCCAGUGUGGUGGUCAGGGACACGACAGCCUGGACCGUGGGCAGGAUCUGUGAGAUGCUGCCCGAGGCCGCCAUCAACGACAUCUACCUGGCCCCGCUGCUGCAGUGCCUGAUGGAGGGGCUGAGCGCCGAGCCCAGGGUGGCCACCAACGUCUGCUGGGCCUUCUCCAGCCUUGCUGAAGCUGCCUAUGAAGCUGCAGAUGUGGCUGAUGAUCAGGAAGAACCAGCAACCUACUGCUUAUCCUCCUCUUUUGAGCUGAUAGUGCAGAAGCUGCUGGAGACUGCAGACAGACCUGAUGGACACCAGAAUAACUUGAGGAGUUCUGCCUAUGAAUCCCUGAUGGAAAUAGUGAAAAACAGUGCCAAGGACUGUUAUCCUGCUGUCCAAAAAACCACCCUGGUCAUCAUGGAGAGGCUCCAGCAAGUGCUGCAGAUGGAGUCUCACAUCCAGAGCACCUCUGACAGAAUCCAGUUCAACGACCUCCAGUCUCUUCUCUGUGCUACUCUCCAGAACGUGCUGCGGAAGGUGCAGCACCAGGACGCGCUGCAGAUCUCGGACGUGGUGAUGGCGUCGCUGCUCAGAAUGUUCCAGAGCACGGCCGGCUCCGGGGGGGUGCAGGAGGACGCCCUGAUGGCCGUCAGCACCCUGGUGGAAGUCCUGGGUGGAGAAUUCCUGAAGUACAUGGAUGCCUUCAAACCUUUCCUUGGGAUUGGUCUGAAAAACUACGCUGAGUACCAGGUCUGCCUGUCAGCAGUGGGGCUGGUGGGGGACCUGUGCCGAGCCCUGCAGUCCAACAUCCUCCCCUUCUGCGACGAGGUGAUGCAGCUGCUCCUGGAGAACCUGGGGAAUGAGAACGUGCACAGGUCGGUGAAGCCGCAGAUCCUCUCGGUGUUCGGGGACAUCGCCCUGGCCAUCGGGGGCGAGUUCAAGAAGUACCUGGACGUGGUGCUCAACACCCUCCAGCAGGCAUCCCAGGCCCAGGUGGACAAGUCCGACUACGACAUGGUGGAUUACCUGAACGAGCUGCGCGAGGGCUGCCUGGAGGCCUACACGGGCAUCAUCCAGGGCCUCAAGGGAGACCAGGAGAACGUGCACCCUGACGUGAUGCUGGUGCAGCCCAGGGUGGAAUUCAUCCUGUCCUACAUCGACCACAUCGCGGGGGACGAGGACCACACGGACGGGGUGGUGGCCUGCGCCGCGGGGCUCAUCGGGGAUUUGUGUACAGCUUUUGGGAAGGACGUCCUGAAAUUAGUAGAAGCCAGACCCAUGAUCCACGAGCUGCUAACGGAGGGGAGGAGAUCCAAGACGAACAAAACUAAAACCCUCGCGACCUGGGCCACGAAAGAGCUGAGGAAACUCAAGAACCAAGCUUGAUCUGUUACCAUUGGGACGACACCUGAGGACCCCCACUGGAUAAAAAAACCAACAACAACACCAAGAAAAAAAAAGGAAAAAUCUCCAAUCUCCUACAAAACCCCCCAAAAGCCCCGGGAGUGAGGACGUGUGCGGAAUGUUUGGGAA